UGUGACCGGGGCUGCCCCUCGUCCAGUGGGAUAACGGGACCGGGACCGGGGCGCCGCACGUCAGCUCCUUCUGCCUGUAGGAAGAACCGCUGCCCGGGGGAGCACGCAUGGUGGCCGAGCACACACAGCGGUCACUGGCUCGCACGAUCAGCACAAUUGCCAGUGGAGACAUUUACUGGAGACAAUGGGGACGAAAGAACUGCCUGUGGUGGAACCAGAGAUGUGAAAGAUGACGGUGAUGGCAGAAGAGCAAUGCAUUGUGUCACAGCCUGAGGCCUCCUCUCUUAUAAUGCCUCCUCUUUGUUGAUCACCAUCUUAUCCGGAUGGAACAGUUUGCAGGAAAUCAGCGCAGGAACAGCUGCUUGGCUGUUUUUCUAAUAAUCCCUAGGACAUCCAUUCUAAAGACUAUUAAGUUCCUUCUAACACCUCUAUGGACAGUAGAAGGCCAGUGCAGGACCACUGCUGUUCUAUAGUUGAAAUGGUUUAGAUUAUGACAUUAGUAUUUCAAUACAUUUCUAUAUCAUUUCACAUUUUAGUCGUCAUUAGAACAAGACAUAUUUUCCAGCCAUGGCCCUGGAAGAUCCCAGUCCACAAUUAUUCAGCGUCACUUACCACUCUAGCGAGGGUCAUGAAGAACCGGAACCCAUGGAAAAAAAUGACACUUGCAGGUCACUAAGUUUGCCUGUCUUAAAUGGGUGCUGUAAGGCAAACUAUCAAGAAUUUCAGCCGACGGAGGUAGAUACAUCACAGACAGCGGUUAUAGGAAAAAACAUUUUUUUACAUAGUCAAAGAGAAUCAAACUUGAAAAAAGGCCAUCACAGAACCCUGUCCUCUCAAAGCAGCGCACCUUCCUCUAGGACAAUCUUUUCUUUUGCAGCCUCUGGCUUUCUAAGUGCGGAGAAGGCAGAAUGCAGCGGCACCAUUACCAAUAAAAAAGGCAUUUCUCCAUCCAUAACGCUCUCUACAAUAAAAAGCAGCCGUGGUCUCGGCAUAGCACUGACAGAUUCUAGAUGCUUUCUUGUCUGCAUGUGCUUUUUGACUUUUAUCCAAUCAUUGAUGGUGUCUGGCUACUUAAGUAGCGUAAUUACUACUAUUGAAAGGAGGUAUAGUCUAAAGAGCUCAGAGUCUGGUCUUUUGGUGAGCUGUUUUGAUAUCGGUAGUCUUUUAGUGGUUGUUUUCAUCAGCUAUUUCGGUGGACGAGGACGUAGACCACGUUGGCUCGCUGUAGGGGGCUUGCUCAUUGCCGUUGGAGCAGCUCUGUUCUCCUUACCUCAUUUCAUUUCUCCACCUUAUCAAAUUCAGGAGCUGAACUCUUCAGUUUCAAAGGAAGGGUUGUGCACAAAUGGCAACACAACUGCCAAAGAUCCCUUAGAUUCCUCCAUGUGUCCCGGAGACUCGGCUGGAAAAGACCAUUCUCUGUAUGUAGCUUUAUUCGUCUGCGCUCAAAUUCUCAUUGGCAUGGGAUCCACUCCGAUCUACACUCUGGGCCCAACAUACUUGGAUGACAAUGUUAAGAAGGAGAAUGCUUCACUUUACUUAGCAAUCAUGUACGUAAUGGGUGCCCUUGGUCCAGCAGCUGGUUAUUUGUUAGGCGGAGUUCUUAUCGGAUUUUAUGUGGAUCCCAGCGCCAUUGUCAACUUUGAGCAGAGCGAUCCCCGAUUCAUCGGCAACUGGUGGAGUGGGUUUCUGCUCUGUGCUAUGGCAAUGUUACUUGUCAUCUUCCCAAUGUUUACCUUCCCAAAGAAACUCCCCCCUCGACAGAAGAAGAAGAAGAAAAAGAAAAGUAACUCAUAUGAUGUUUCCAGUGAAGAUGAUGUGAUGAAAGAGAAAUCUAGCAACACAGUGAAAGUAGAUGCGGGUGUUGGCCCAUCCAUUGGGUUUGGCAAGAAUUUUAGAGACCUUCCAAGAGCAGCAGUCAGAAUUUUAAGCAACAUGACAUUCCUUUUUGUGAGUUUGUCAUACACAGCUGAGAGUGCCAUUGUCACCGCUUUUAUUACCUUCAUUCCCAAGUUCAUCGAGUCUCAGUUUGGCAUCCCAGCUUCCAGUGCCAGCAUCUACACUGGCCUUAUUAUUGUCCCAAGUGCUGGUGUGGGGAUUGUGCUUGGUGGUUACAUCAUCAAGAAGCUGAAACUGAGCGCAAGGGAAUCAGCAAAACUGGCCAUGAUCUGUUGCGGCGUCUCAUUGCUCUGCUUUUCCACGCUUUUCAUUGUGGGAUGUGAAAGCAUCAAUCUUGGAGGAAUCAAUAUACCUUACACCACUGGUCCCACGCUAACGAUGCCGCACAGGAAUCUAACAGGUGGCUGCAAUGUUAACUGCGGUUGUAAAAUUCAUGAAUAUGAGCCAGUGUGUGGAUCAGAUGGAAUUACAUACUUCAAUCCUUGUCUCGCUGGAUGCAUCAAUGUGGGAAAUCAAAGCAUUGCUGUGAAAAAUUAUACUGAAUGUGCCUGUGUCCAGAGUCGACAGGUGAUCACUGCGCCCACAGUCGGCCAGCGCAGCCAACUCCGAGUGGUCAUUGUCAAGACAUAUCUGCAUGAAAAUGGGUAUGCCGUAUCCGGAAAGUGUGAUCGAACCUGCAACACACUCAUUCCAUUCCUGAUAUUCCUCUUCAUCGUCACACUUAUCACAGCAUGUGCACAACCCUCGGCCAUCAUAGUGACACUCAGGUCGGUAGAUGAAGGCGAGAGACCUUUUGCGUUAGGAAUGCAGUUUGUUUUGUUGAGAACGCUAGCUUACAUUCCUACACCAAUCUACUUUGGGGCUGUUAUUGAUACUACUUGCAUGCUUUGGCAACAGGACUGCGGCGUACAAGGAUCCUGCUGGGAAUACAACGUGACAUCAUUUCGUUUUGUUUAUUUUGGACUGGCAGCUGGUCUGAAAUUCUUAGGAUUCAUUUUUAUAUUUUUGGCUUGGUAUUCCAUAAAACACAAAGAAGAUCAGUUGCAGAGACGAAGGUGGCGGGCGUCCCCAAUAAGCACAGUCAGCGAGCUGGUCGGCCAUGCUAGAACAGAGCCAAAUUAUGCACGCGCCAGAUCCUGUCCUGCCUUUGGCGCCAAGGAAGACACAAAUGAAGACAGUAAUAUGGACAAAGGAAACACACACUUAGCACAAACCUACCCUGGACCUUUCCUGGAAGCAAUAAAUUUAUCCUUUGACAAUUCUCAAGAAGAGACCCGAGCUGACACAGAAACAGGAUGAUCAGAUUUACUGUUGGCCUUGUGCAACACGUGCCUUUUAUUGAACUGAGUGCAUGUGAAAUCUGCAGCUACAGGGUUUUCGAGGGCUGGUUACCUCAGCUGUUAUCUUACCCACUCCACUCUAGUUAUGGAGGUUUUUUAAAUUGUUAUAUUUAACUUAGAUUUUCCUAUAGGAGUAAUGUUGAAUGAAUUGGUCCACAAGAAACAGCACACCUUGAAGUUCUCAUGAAGUUCUACUUUGGGAAAGACAGAGGCGUAAAUAGAAGAAAGAGGGCCCCCAUAUAAAAGACAGAAUGGCCUGUCUUUUGGCCCCCCCCCCCCAUUCCCUAACCAUAACCAUUGAGUUCACCUUGUUGUAGCUAACAGUGCAGUACCAGGUUAUUGGCACCCAAUGCCAAAAGGGAUGGAACAACUAGAGCUGGGUCUCUUCUCCCAGAAUCACAUGGCAGCUGCACCCAUGAAAUAAGGUUUUGUUUUUUUUAGCUGGCCUUUCAUUACCUUUCAUAUUGCUCCUUAGCAUAAAGAUUAAGUUUUUUUUUAAAUGAUUUGAUUUUCACAAACAUCCUUUAAAAUAAUAAUUUAUGAAGGUAGCUG